AUGUUUGCUAAGUUUUUUGGUUAAAAAGAAGAUCACGGAGAUCUCAAAAUAUCAAAUUUAGAUAAGUUCCCUUCAGAUAUCGACAAAGCUAAAAUUAGAGCCUAGGCAUAUGCUGACUCAUUGACUGCCAAGCAAAUCAAAUUGUUUUCUCGUAAUGUCUAAGUUAAUGGAGAAGAAGUAGAAGAAAAAUAUAAAAAAAUUAAUAACUAUUCUGGUAAGUAUAUCAGAGAAGAGUCUAUGAGUCUUUGGUGUGAGAAUAUUGAUCUCUACUUUUUAGGUUCAGGUUAUCCUAUGUAUUUUGAUUUUGUUAAGAGUUGUUUGAUUAUACUCUUCUUAAUCUUUGUAUCUAGUGGAUCUUACAAUCUAUUUUCUAAUGCCUUGAUGGGCUCAGAUUGUUUAACUAUAUUUUACCACCCAACUAAUACUCCUAAUGUUCCUGGACAACCUGAAAUAGAGCAUGGUUGUUAAUACUCUUGGACUACUAUCCUUUCAUUUGCUAAUAAAAGAAAUAACGCAGAUCUAGUUUAGCUUUAGGAUAUCAUGAAUUUUAUUACAGUCAUUACAAUUGUUUUUGUCUUACAAUAUCUUCGUAUUAAUCAAAGAGCAUUAAAUGAGGACUGUGAUGGUUUACUUAUAUCUCCUAGUGACUACACUGUUUGGGUAUAGGGUGUUCCUAAGUACGAAAAAAGCAAUGAAGCUAUUGAUCAACUAAUUAAAAAGGAUAUUAGCGACUAGAUUCAUGAACUUUACAUUAAAGAUAAUCCAAAAAUGGCAGAUACUUUCUAAAUAGAAAAUGUAACUGUUUGCUACAGCUUGGAAGAAGUAACAAGACUAAAUACUGAAAAAGAUUAAAUCAUAGCAAAAUCAUAAGAAUAUUUGAAGAAAGGAGGAUAAAAGGAAGAUGAAGAUUUUAAAACAUUGAUUAAAGAGUUAGAAGAUAAGUAAGAAGAAAUUAUGAAAUUAAAAAAAGAAUAUUACGAUGGAUCUAAUUUCGAACAUUUUACAGGUCACGUUUUCAUUACUCUUAGCACUGAGUUAGCCAAAAAUAUUUUAAUUGAAGAGCAAGAUUCAAACUGCUUUAACAUCUGUAAGAAAAACAAAUAGCUUAAAUUAAAUGGUGAAACUAUUGAAAUUUUACCUGCUCCUGAACCUACAGAUGUUAAUUGGAACACAUUAGGAGUUAGUUCUAGAUAAUAAUUCAUCAAUAAUAUUAUUUCAGAUAUUGCUACCUUCUUUUUACUCACAGUAAGCUUCUUUAUCAUUCUAGGAUUAAUGAAACUUUAAUCUAGUGCUGCUGAAGAUUACAAAAAAGAACAUCCUAAAGAACCCAAUGUUUCUCUCUCAGUUAAGAUUUUCGCUCUUUUUAUAUCUAUUGUUAUUCCUGGACUCAACUUUGCUCUUUAAAUCUUUUUAACCAAACUUUCACUUUUUGAAAAGCAUCAUAGAAAAACAAAAGAAAUAGCUUCCCUAGGUGUUAAGCUUGCAAUCGCAUAAUUCAUUAACACUGCUGUCAUUACUUUCUCCAUUAAAGUUAUGUUUGAUCUUUUUGAUGAUCGUUAAAAAGCCGAAGAUAAUAUUUACUCAGCAAGUGGAUUGAUUUACAAUCAAUAAUUUGUGUUUAUUACUAAUGCCUUAAUUAGUGGUGCUAGCUUAUUAGUAGAUGGUGGUAGAAUCUACAAGAUUUUCAAUAGAAUGUUCUUGGCUAAGUACUAGUACCUUACUCAGCGUUAAAUCAAUACUCUUUAUGAAGAACCUGAGCACAAUCUUGCAUUCGAGUACAGUGGAUUGUAGAAAACUAUGCUUUUCACAGCUUUUUAUGCUCCUUUAAUCCCUGUUGGUAUUUUAUUCUCUAUGCUUGGUAUUAUGCUCCUUUACUUCAUUCAAAAGUACAAAAUUCUUAACCAUAGAACCAUUAGAUAUUCAAUGAGUAACUUGCUUUCACUUGAAAUGAUAGAAUUAACAGAAUAUAUUUUACCUAUUUACUGCCUUUCAAACAUAGUCUUCUCUUAUAUUCUUAAUUAAAAUUCUCACAUCUCUAUCUUUUCAGCUUUAGCUGUUGCUAUUGGUAUUUUUAAUAUUUUCUUACCCAUGAAUGCUAUCAAUGAAUUCUUUUUCUAUGUUAAACCUUGCCCUCCUCUUAAAGAAAAAUAUUCUGAGAAUAUUUCUAACUUUUAGUUUGAUUAUGAUAGAGCUAACCCAGCAACUGAUGAUUAUGCUAGAAAGCUAUAUGUAGAAAAUGAAAUUAAGCUUCAUAAGCAAUAAUUCUGA